AUGGACGACGACUCAACCCCAUCACUUGCUUCGCAGCAUGCCCAAAGCCCUCCUCCAACUCCUCAGCUCGGAAUCCAUGCCAGCUUAAGAGCGUCUCUCCAGUCGCUCACUACAACGGCCCUACAAGCUAAUAACGAGAGUCUGCAACCGGCUCAAGAGCUUAACUCACAGAAAAGUAUUUGUGAGGGACCUCAUAACCAACAGCUAACAGAAUCGAGAUCUGAGGAAGACUCGGGACCAGAGGAUGACUUGAGACCUGAGGUAGACUCAAGACCUGAGGAAGACUUGAGACCUGAGGUUGACUUGAGAGCUGAAGUUGAUUUGAAAUCCGAAGCAGACUCAAAACCUGAAGUAAACCAAGCAGACAAAACCACAGAUAAAAGACUCAUGGUACCGUCGCUGGUAGUCGAUGACGUUGACGAUGAAGAUGAGGAAGAUGACGAAAGUAUAUCGAGAACAUCUUCUUUAGCAACAGCUUCGGGUCCCAGCUUACCGUUUGUCCAUCACAACUACAAUAUGCAACAACAACAACAACAACAACAACAACAACAACCUCGACUCCAACCCCAACACUCAUUGGGCCUUGACUCAACUCAAGUACACCCAGUGUACCGCACUUACCGCCGCCGCUGGAUCGGUUUGGCAGGGCUUGCUUUACUUAACUUGCUUGUGUCAUGGGGGUGGCUUUCGUUUGCUGCCAUUUCUUCGACCACAGCAGCAUGGUUUGGAUUAACAUCAGAGGCACCAGUCAACUGGCUCUCAACUUCCAUUUUAUUUGCGUACCUGGUGUCUGCACCUCUGGUUGCUCCGGUUCUGGAAAAAAGGGGAGUCCGCGCAGCUAUGUUGCUCUGUGCAACACUUAUGGUUGCAGGUAACUGGGUAAGAUAUGCAGGUACGGCCACAAGACAAUUUGCUCCAACAAUGGUUGGCCAGAUUCUAAUAGGCUUAGCACAACCAUUUGCCCUCUCAGCAGCAACACAUUAUACCGAUCUGUGGUUCACAUCACGGUCCCGUGUUUCGGCAAAUGCAAUCAUUUCCGUUGCAAACCCUCUUGGUGGAGCUGUUGCUCAGCUAGUUGGUCCACCUGUGGUUACCAAGCCAAGUGAAUUGAAGACUUUUGUACUAAUUACCGCAGUAGUUGCAUCUGCAGGCGCAGCUGUGACAGCUUUUGCUCCAGGACACCCGCCAUCGCCUCCGUGUGCUUCUGCAGCCACUACGAAACUAGGUCUGCGCAAGUCACUGGUGACACUGUUACAAAUGCCUGCGUUUGUAGCGGCCUUAUGCAUGUUUUCGGUCUAUGUCGGGUUGUUUAACGCAUACUCUACCUUUAUCAACCAAAUAAUGCAGCCCUACGGUUACUCUUCUGAUGAGGCCGGGUACACGGGUGCUUUGUUGAUUGUUGCUGGGCUUGUUGGUGUUGCUGUUGUGUCUCCGAUUGUUGAUCGUACACACUGUUAUUUACUAUUAUUUUAUACAUGUCUGCCCGUGAUUGCCGGGUGUUUUGUUUCACUCAUGUACACUUCUACUCGGGACACUCAACUUGCGGGUCCCUUUAUUGUUUCUGGGGUAUUAGGUGCUUGUUCAUUUAGUUUAUUGCCCACCAUUCUCGAGUGGGUCCAAGAGCAAACGGCCCCUGUUUCGCCAUCUGUUUCGUGCACUUUACUGUGGUGUGGCGGUCAGUUGAUGGGCGCCGUUUUUAUUAUAGCAAUGGAUAGUUUAAAGUAUGCGCCGACCCAAGGUGAUCCGCCGGGCAAUAUGCACCGGGCUCUUGUGUUUCAGGCAGUUUGGGGGUGUGUUGGUGUAGUGCCAUUGUUUUUCCUGCGUACUGUUUCUCGGGCAAAUGUACGGGUUGCUAUUGAUGGUAGAAGAGGAGGAGGGGGGAUGAGAAGUGCAGAGGCCCGGAUGGAAGAAGAAGAGGAAGAAGAAUUAGAACGAGAAGAACAAGAGCAGGAAGGAGAAGAAGAGGAAGAAGAAGAGCAAAUUGGGAUUUCUGAAUGUUCAAGUAGCAUUGAGAUUCCAAUUGAACAUCAUGUCUACGGAGUCGAUUCAGUUUUAAAUAAGUGA